GCAGUUGUGGACUCGGUGCUGCCACAAAGGAAAUAAUCGACCACAUCAUCUUGACCCGCUUCCGUCCGCCAUUCGCUCUUUCACAACUCGACCGGCUCGUGGUGAACAGUGGACUCGUCCGUAACGCACUUUCCGAAUUAAUUGUAACAAUGGGUUUUGUUAAGGUGGUAAAAAACAAACAAUACUUCAAACGAUAUCAAGUAAAAUUCAAGAGGCGUCGUCUAGGGAAAACGGAUUAUUAUGCUCGCAAGAGACUAACUGUUCAGGAUAAAAAUAAGUACAAUACACCCAAGUACAGGCUGAUUGUACGUCUCUCAAAUAAGGACAUUACAUGUCAGAUUGCUUAUUCGAGAAUUGAAGGUGAUAGAAUUAUAUGCGCUGCCUACAGUCACGAGCUCCCCUCGUAUGGAGUCAAAGUAGGCCUCACCAACUACGCAUCUGCCUACUGCACUGGUCUGCUCUUGGCCAGAAGGCUUCUCAAUAAGCUGGGAUUGGAUACGUUUUAUACCGGCACACCAGAGGUGACCGGUGACGAGUACAAUGUCGAAGACUUGGCAAAGGGUCCGAGCGCGUUCAGAUGUUAUCUGGACACAGGAUUAAUGCGUACCACAACCGGUGCACGUGUCUUCGGCGCCAUGAAAGGUGCAGUUGACGGUGGCCUGAAUAUUCCUCACAGCACCAAGAGAUUUCCAGGCUACGACAAUGAAACGAAGUCGUUCAACGCUGAUGUGCACAGACAGCAUAUAUUUGGCCAGCAUGUCGCGAACUACAUGAAAACUCUCGAAGAAGAAGACGACGAAGCUUUCAAGAGACAGUUCUCGAUGUACAUCAGUAACGGCAUAUCGGCAAAUGACAUAGAAAACAUCUAUAAAAAAGCUCAUGAGAAGAUUCGCGCUGAUCCGGUACACAAGAAGAUCACGCGAGAAAAAGAACCUGUCAAGAAGAGAUGGAAUCGCGCGAAAUUGUCGCUUUCAGAAAGGAAGAACAACGUAGCGCAGAAGAAGGCUUCGUUCAUGAAAACUUUGGAAGAAACCGAAGUGUAAUUUCUUCGUCAUGCUACAUCUCUUUUGUAAUUUACGCAUACAUUUAUGCGUGGACUCAAUCGAGAAUAAAGAGAAUUACCCCCGCA